AUGGCUUCAACUAUUAAGAGUGAACGUGGCAACAAUAUUUUAGUGGAUGAUCUUCAGUACAUGUAUCAUCGAAAUGGAUACACUAGUGACAAAUCCGUAAUUUACUGGGAGUGUGCACAGAGGAAACAAAAUUCGUGUAAAGCUAGAGUACAGACAAAAUCAAAAGAAGAAAACUACGAGUUGAUAAAGACCUGCAACGAACAUAAUCAUGCAGUCUCUAAAAGUACAGUUGAAGCAAAAAGUGCUGUUGCAAAGCUAAAGGAAGAUGUCUCCUCAAAAAAUUUAUCUACAAGAGUGUUAGUUUUAAGCUGCUUGUCGCCGUUGGAUGCUUGCACACAAGCUGAAGUACAAAACGUCCAGCAUCUAAGAAGAAAUAUUCGCCGAUGGAGGCAGCAAAACUUCUGUGCUCCUGCAAUCCCUACGGAAAGGUCAGGGUUUUGCGUUCCAACAGAAUUUCAACAUCUUUCAUCAGGGGAAAAGUUUCUACCGUAUGAUUCGGGAGCCGAUGACCAUAAUCGCAUUCUGAUAUUUGCUACUGAAGCAGGGUUUGAACAUUUAAGGAGGUACAGAAACUGGGCUGUUGAUGGCACCUUUAAGGUGUCACCAGCAAUUUUCUAUCAACUUUUUACCAUCCAUGUCCAAGUAGAGAAGUCUAGUUUUCCUCGUAUUUAUGCCCUUCUUCCAAACAAAACGGAGGAAACUUAUAAAAUGCUUUACAAAAAAAUUCAAGAAUUGCUGCAACAAAAUCCAUUAACUAUAAUGAGUGACUUUGAAAAAGGAUCAUUUAACGAAAUUAAAUGUACUUUUCCUGACACUGAUGUAAGUGGAUGUUUCUCCCACUUCUGCCAAGCAAAUAACAGGAAAAUUGUUGAUUUGGGGUAUAAAGUUCAAUACCACAAUGAUGCUGAAUUUUGUCUUAAGAUACGUUGUCUCUCUGCUCUUGCAUUUUUACCAGUUGAAGAUGUGUCUACAGGUUUUGAGGAACUUUCGGAGGAUGAGGAAAGCACUGGCGGCCUCUGA